UGAAGUUGAAAUAUUGAAGACUUAAGUUCGAAAUAAUAACAAGGAGGUACGAAAUCAAAGUAAAGUAAAGUUAACGCCCGACUAAUUAUUAGAAAAAUAAUUUGUUUACGGUUUACGGAUACAAUUAUUGGCUAUUAAACCACCCAAUUUGUGUAGCACAAUUCUAACACCAAAUUCCUAAAUUCAGACAACAUGCCACUCUUUGUAAAUGACGUGGAGAUAAGCUCAGAACCAAAGGAUCUCUUCUAUGACAAACACGUCGAGUAUAUUGCUAACCAUGGAAAUGACCAAAACGAUUUUGAGUAUUGUAUAACGGAGUUCCUGCGGAUGUCGGGAAUCUACUGGGGAGUAACUGCAAUCGAUACCAUGAACCAGCUAUCUCGCCUGGACAAGAACUCGAUAGUAAACUUUAUCAAGAAAUGUCAAUGUCCUAAUACGGGAGGAAUAUCAGCUUGUGAGGGACAUGAUCCGCAUAUCCUUUAUUCCUUGUCUGCUGUACAAAUUCUUUGCAUUUAUGAUUGUCUAAAUGAAAUUGACUGCGAUGCUCUAGCACGAUAUGUGACCAGUCUUCAGCAGCCGGAUGGCAGUUUCUUCGGUGACAAGUGGGGAGAAGCCGAUACCAGAUUCUCAUUUUGCGCAGUUGCUAUCCUUACACUCAUUAAUCGCAUGGAUGCUAUCAAGUUAUCGAAAGCAAUAGACUUUGUGCUUUCCUGUUGUAAUGCUGAUGGCGGAUUUGGAUCGAAACCCUUUGCCGAGUCGCAUGCUGGCCUUAUAUACUGUUGUGUCGGUUUCUUCUCGAUUACAAAGCAACUGCAUCGGCUAGACUGUGAUAAGUUGUCAUGGUGGUUAUGUGAAAGGCAACUUCCCAGUGGAGGACUUAACGGCCGGCCCGAAAAGCUCCCGGAUGUUUGCUAUUCUUGGUGGGUGCUGGCAUCUUUGAAUAUCAUGGGACGAUUGCAUUGGAUUUCUUCUGAAAAACUUAAGUGUUUCAUAUUAUCGUGUCAGGAUUCGGAGACAGGUGGUUUCAGUGAUAGAACCGGAAACAUACCUGAUAUAUUCCAUACGCUCUUUGGCCUAGGUGCACUGUCGCUUCUUGGCUAUCCGAAUUUGAAGAAAAUAAAUCCUACAUUCUGUAUGCCGCAGCAUGUCUUAGAUCGCCUUGAUGUUCGAGCCCAAGUUUGGUGUCCUUAGACGAUCAUCAAUGCAAUUGUUAUGUGAUUAUAAAAUUAUUUCCAACAUUUGAAAUUGAGUAAUGCUAGUAGUUUUGAUUGCAGGCAUAAAUCGUAAAUUACCAAAUGUCACGUUAUGUCGUAUAAAUUAUGUAUUAAUAAACAUUUUUGUUCAAUAAUAUAA